AUGGCUAAGGAUGAGGACAGAGGUUUGCGGAGGUUGAAUCUGGGUAUUGCUUUCAUGUUGGCUGCUUCUGCUACAUCGGGGUAUAAUGCUAGUCAGAUCAAUAGUUUGUUGGUUCUACCUGAGUUUGCGAUUUUCUUGAAGGAUCUCAGCGCCAAUGCCGAAGGCCUUAUCAUUGCCGCUGUUUCAUUAGGUUCCUUCUUAACCUUCAUUCCUGCUUCAUACGUUGCCGACAGACUAGGCCGUCGACCUUGCGUUGCCAUCGGCGCUACACUCGUCAUUCUAGCUUCAGUAAUCCAGGUGGCAGUCGAACAGCCCUGGGUAUUUUUCGGUGCCCGCAUUGUCACAGGAGCAGGCGUGGGCUUUUCACAAACAGCUGCACCGCUACUUAUCGCCGAAGCGGCACACCCUCGCCAACGAAGUGUCCUCACAGGUCUAUAUAACGCAAUCUGGUUCUGUGGUUCGAUCACCGCGGCUGGUAUUGCCUUUUCUACUCUGGGUAUCCACGACAGCUGGUCAUGGCGGGUUCCCUGUAUGCUGCAAGUUUUGUUCCCGCUCUUCCAGUUGGUGGGACUAUUCAUCAUUCCCGAGAGUCCUAGGUGGCUGGUCUCUAAGGACCGAAAGGGUGAGGCUAGAGCUAUGCUUGUGCGCUACCAUGGAAAUGGAGAUCUGAGCAGUGCGCUUGUGCAAGAGGAAUACGAUCAGAUCUGCAGCAGUAUCAGUGCCGAGGCGGAUAUGAAGGCUUGCUCUGGGUGGAGUGCUUUCCUCAGCAGUCGAGGUGAUGUGCAUCGCUUGUCGAUCUGUAUUCUCAUGGGUUUCAUGCAGGAAUGGACAGGAAAUGGCGUUACUUCUUACUACCUCCCUCCCAUCCUAGCCUCGGUUGGAAUCAAAAAUGCCGCUCACCAAGCAGCAGUGAACAUCAGUCUCCAAGUUUGGAACCUUGUUUUUGCUGUCGGCGGAGCCAGUACCUCGGACCGAUAUGGCCGCCGCGUCCUCUGGCUAUGCGCAACGACCCUCAUGAUGAUCUUCCUAUCCACAUCAACAGUCAUGACAGCUCUAUUCUCAGAGCUACACAUAAUCGAAGCAGGAAUCGCCGUGAUUCCCAUGCUCUUCCUUUUCUGCGCAGCUUACGACUUCGCAUACAUGCCCCUCUUCAUCGCAUAUCCAGCCGAGAUUCUCCCGUUCCAGCUGCGUGCAAAGGGUCUCGCUAUAACUCUGACUACCGACUCGCUUGCCUGCUUCUUCAAUCAAUACGUCAAUCCAGUAGCGUUUGCGGCACUGCGCUGGAAAUAUUUUCUCCUCUAUGUCGGGUGUCUAGUCGUCUUCCUCGGCGUAGUCUACUUCCUCUUCCCCGAAACACAGGGACGGUCUCUGGAAGACGUGGCAAGGAUUUUCGAGGACGGCAAGAUUCUUCAGGUGAUGUCGCCUGUUGAUUCCGAGGGCGAGGGUGAGUCUGAGAAGUCUUUUGAGAAGACUUCCUUUGCUGUUAAGUCUGAGCUGUGA